AAACUUGAUCGUGAUCCAUAACGAAACAGCCACGAAACUACAAGCAUAAGCUCACCUUAUACACCUACCCAUUGACUAGAGUUCUGAGCCUCUUCUGGGCAGGGUUUCUAGACAUGGCAUCGUCUAAUUCAUCUGCCGCUUUGACAAGCCCACCUGCAAAGAUGGCACCCGAUACGUUCCCCAAGUUCAGCAGGCUACCUAAAGAGCUACAAUUCAUGAUAUGGAAAGCGUCAAUCUAUAGACGAGCCUCUGUUCUCUGGAGCAACCAAAAAAUGAAGGGACUUCCACCACCAGCCAUCACCCGCACCUGCCAAGACUCACGAAAGGUGUACUUCGAAAGCGAGGGUGAGGUCGCUCGCCGUCUGUAUAUGGAUGAUGGAGGCCCAUCUUACCGUAGCGGUCAUCCCGGACGCCGUGGAUGGGUUGAUCCACAGAAAGAUUUCGUGGUCAUUCUUGACGAAUUUGAUCCUCAGAUGGACUCUUGCUUGAAGUUUUGCGGCAACAUUGCAGCGCACCUCCAAUCGAUCACUAUUUCUAAAGUCUUCGAAGGGUUUACAGUUUUUUGGAGGGAGGAGCAGGAGCGUGCCUGGGUUGAUCGCCUGGCCGACAACAUGCCGGCGCUUCGUACUGUCAAUUUCAUCAUGCAAGGCGAAGAGGGUGAAAACUUUUUCACUCUGAAAGGCAACUCUGAAAACAAGGCUAUUACGAAUCUAUUUGGCAACGAUUCUUUCAGAACUAUUGACCUCUUGGACCCCUUUGAAGUCGACAAGGUCAUUCUUGCUCUCAAAACAGAAGAAGCCACCAAAUCAUGUGCAGCGAGAUUCGAAGCAAAUUACUCCCACGAACAGAUGCACAUAUUCAACUGGAAUACCAUGAAGUUCUCAAUUCAAGCCAAAUGGCUGGACUGGAUUGCAAGAUCGAGCAACAAUCACAACUUGCCUGGCAACCCAAAGUUGAAAAAUGCAGUGAUUGGCAGGCUUCUUGAGAGGAUCAGAAGCGACUUGAUACGGGACCCGUUCGCGUAUUGUCUGUUAUACAACCGAGAACAGCUCAAGAAAAUGGCAGACAGAAUCUAUAAAAAGAAUAAGAAGUUUGCUGUGAGUCGGUGGGGGUUUUCACCGCAGGAAUAUGACGAGUUUGAGGAAGAGGCUGAGGAUGAUGUGGUUCUUGAUGCGUCUAUUGAUGCAAUCAUUGACAGGAUCCCUAAACUCGGUCUCCUCUUUGUUCUCCUCGCUGAGUACUAGCUGUACCACGCGCAUAUACACGCGCGCAU